UUCAAUCACAGAAGCUUCCACCGAAGCCUGAGUUCCUCCUCCCAGGGCCCUGCACUCAGCAUGAGCAGCUCUAUAUAUAGGAAAGGGGGCACAGAGUACCUCAGGGUCGCACCCAGUGUGUAUGGGGGGGCUUGAGGCCACGGCACCCGCACCUCGACCUCUAGACACAUGGUGAGCUAUGGGAGUGACCUCGCUGAAGGGAACCUGUGUGUUGGCAAUGAGAAGAUGACCAUGAAGAACCUAAAUGACCGCCUAGCAAGCUACCUAGAAAAAGUGCAGUCCCUGGAGUAGUCCAACUCCAAACCUGAACUGCAGAUCAAGCGCUGGUAUGAAACCAACACGCCUGGCACCUGUCGGGACCACAGUGCAUAUUUGGAACAAAUCAAAGAGCUGCGAAAUCAGAUUAAAGAUGCUCAACUGCAAAAUGCUCGACGUGUCCUGCAAAUCGAUAAUGCUAAACUGGCUGCCAAGGACUUCAGGCUGAAGUAUGAGAGUGAGCGGGGGAUCUGCCUAGCAGUGGUGGCUGAUCUCUAAGGCCUGAAAAUGGUCUAUGAUGACCUAAUCCUAAUGAAGACAGACUUGGAGAUUCAAACUGAAGGGCUGAUGAAUAAAGACCUGAUGCUCCUCCAGAAAGAACACGAGGAGGAAGUGAGGAGCCUACGGGCUCAUUUGGGCAAUAAGGUAAACGUAGAGGUGGAUGCUGCUCCAGGCCUGAACCUCAGCGCCAUCAUGAGUGAAAUGAGGCAGAAAUAUGAAGCCAUGGCCCAGGAGAACCUUCAGAAGACCAAAGAACAGUAUGAGACCCAGAUUGAAACUCUUCAACAGCAAGUCACAGUGAGCACUGAAGAGUUAAAAGAAAGCAGGGAUCAAAUAAAGGAGCUGAGACGCACCUACCAGAGCCUGGAGAUACAGCUCCAGUCCCAUCUCAGCCUGAAAGAAGCUUUGGAGCAUACACUAGAGGAGACCAAUGCUCGUUAUUGUAGCCACUUGGCCAUAAUCCAGACACAGCUUAACUUCCUCGAGGGCCAACUGGUGCAGAUUCGGACCAAUACAGAACACCAGAGCCACGAAUAUAAUAUCCUCCUUGACAUAAAGAGCCAGCUUGAGCAGGAAAUUGCUACCUACCGCUGCCUUCUGGAAGGAGAAGAUGUAAAAACUACAGAAUAUCAGUUAAGCACCCUGGAGGAGAGAGAUAAAAAGAAAACCAGGAAGAUUAAGACAGUUGUACAAGAAGUAGUGGACAGCAAGACUGUGUCAUCUGAAGUUAAAGAACGUUCCUGCCUGGCUGCCACUGCCCCGUCCCUGGCUGCGGGUCUCUCGAGCAGCACCAUGUCACUCUCCGUGCGCACCUCUGGGCUGUCCCAGCGGCUGUCCUCCCAAAGUGGGACACUGGGCAGAGCCAGGGGCAUUUCUGCCUCAAGCAUCGGAAGCAGCUACGGGGGAAGUGCCUUUGGCUUUGGAGGCAGCUGCGGGGGAGGCUUUUCAGCUGCUUCCAUGUUUGGUUCUAGCUCUGGCUUUGGUGGUGGCUCUGGAAGUUCCUUUGCAGGAGGACUGGGCGCUGGUUAUGCAGGAGGCAGGGGAGGUGGCUUUGGAAGCCUGGGGAUUGGAUUUGGGGGAAGCCCAGGAUGGGGCUCUCUAGGGAUUCUCUCUGGCAAUGAUGGAGGCCUUCUUUCUGGAUCAGGAAAGGAAACUAUGCAAAAUCUUAAUGACAGAUUGGCUUCCUACCUGGAUAAGGUUCGAGCUCUAGAAGAGGCUAACGCUGACCUAGAAAACAAAAUUCGAGAAUGGUACGAAACACGAGGACCUGGGACUGGAGACCCCAGGUCACAGAAUGAUUACAGUAAAUAUUAUCUGUUGAUUGAAGACCUCAGGAAUAAGAUCAUUUCUGACAGCACUGCAAACGCCCAGCUCCUCUUGCAGAUCGACAAUGCAAAACUGGCUGCCGAAGACUUCAGAAUGAAAUACGAAAAUGAGCUGGCCCUGCGCCAGAACGUGGAGGCCGACAUCAAUGGCUUGCGCAGGGUGCUGGACGAGAUGACCCUGGCCAGAGCUGACCUGGAGACGCAGAUCGAGACCCUGAAUGAGGAGCUGGCCUACCUCCGGAAGAACCACGAGGAGGAGCUCCAAAGCUUCCGGGCCGGCGGCCCAGGCCAGGUCAGCGUAGAAAUGGACGCUGCCCCCGGAGUGGACCUCACGAGCGUCCUUAACGACAUGCGGGGGCAGUAUGAAGCCAUAGCCGAGCAGAACCGGGAGGAUGCGGAAGCCUGGUUCAUUGAAAAGAGCGGCGAGCUCAGGAAGGAGAUUAGCAGCAACACCGAGGAGCUUCAGUGCAGCAAGAGCGUGGUCACCGACCUGCGGCGCGCGCUUCAAAACCUGGAGAUCGAGCUCCAGUCCCAGUUCGCCAUGAAGAAAUCCCUGGAGGACUCGCUGGCCGAAACCGAGGGCGACUACUGCGGGCAGCUCUCCCAGGCGCGGCAGCUCAUCGGCAGCCUGGAGGAGCAGCUGCUCCAAGUGCGCGCCGACGCCGAGCGCCAGAGCGCCGACUACCAGCUGCUGCUGAACAUCAAGGCCCGUCUGGAGCUGGAGAUCGAAACCUACCGCCGCCUGCUGGACGGAGAAGCGCAAGGUGACUCUUUGGAUGAAAGUUCCCAUGUGACAGCCUCCACAUCUCAAGCACCGUCAACUGAUUCCUCCAAAGACCCUACCAGAGCCCGAAAAAUCAAGACAAUUGUGCAGGAAGUGGUGAAUGGUGAGGUGGUCUCAUCCCAAGUUCAGGAAGUUGAAGAACUAAUAUAA